UUCAAUUCAACUCAACUACUUAUUAAUCGAACUGAUAAGUCAAUAAAUAUAAUUAACAGAAAAAAUAACAUUCUACUACUAAUAAUAGUGAUUAGUAAAUGAAUCUGUAUAAAUAAGAAUUUGAAUAAAUUUACGCGAAAAGACAAACGCUUCAAGGAUCGAAAACUAUAGGCGGGCACUUGGCACUCUAGAUGUUUCUACUUUCUUUAGGUAGUAAGUAAAUAACACAAUAACACUGCAGUAAAUAGAUCAUUCAUCAAGUUCAUCACAUUACAAACAGAAAGUGGCUGAUGAGUACAAUAUGCGUCAUGAAUAAAUGCGGGAAAGAAGCGUUUUUAAAAUGGCAGAUGAUUUUGAUAAAGAAGCUCCGGAUGUAAUGGAGAAUCAAAUCAUAACGGAAAACCCGCUUGAGUUUUCUGUAAUAGUUAUAAAAAAAGAAGUCCUAAAUUUUUAUGAUAGUGAAUUUGAAUCUACAACAAGUUCAGUUCAAGAUAGAAAACCAUAUUUACAAGAGGAAAUUAUACCAAAUUCCUUUGAUGCUCUAAGCUCAGAAAUACCUGACAGCGACAUAUAUCAAAAUAAACUUCUCAAGUCCAAAAAAAUUAUAUUUGGGUCUACGUCGAAUUUAGUUUCCAAUGAUGAAGACCAUUGUGAAUAUUCUGAUAAACUUUAUCCGGAAAAUGAGGUGUCCUACGAAAAGGAUCCAAAACUCCAUCCAGAUUCAAUUGACGAAAACUAUUUUGAAGAGUUGGUAACAUCUUACGAACCAAAGGUUGAGUUGCUUGAUAUAAAGUCUUAUUUACACAAAUCCAGAAGAUAUUGUGCCACUUGUGGAAUUUUAUUUCCAGAACUUAAUGCUUUUGAGAAGCAUGUACGAAUAUAUCACAAAGCGAGUGACUUAAAUAAACGCCGUAUAUAUAAAUGCACAAUUUGCGACAAAAAAUUCGUUACGCCUCAGGUCUUAAGAAAUCAUAAAAGUAAUAUUCAUAAAUUGAAUAAUGGGAAAAUAUUACAAGGAUCAAAAUACAGACGUGUCUUAGAUAAAACAAUACAGCAACAUAGAUGCACAAUUUGUGACAAAAAUUUUGUUGCACCUCAUGUAUUAAGAACGCAUCUUAUAAAUAUUCAUAAAAUUAAUUAUGCGGGAGUUCCACAUGGAAUAAAUCAAAAUACCAAAAACAAUACUACGAAGGAGUUAGAUAGUCAAGUUUUGAACCAUGAUAAAACUUUGGGAUGGAGUAAUACAUGUUUUCAUUGCAAAAAAACAUUUGAUACACAGAAGUGUCUAAUUGAACACUUGUACGACAUUCUACAGAUGAAAAGAAAAAAUACAGAAAUUGUUCCAGUAUUGAAGUCAAUUUUGUUUAAAUGCAAUAAAUGUGACAUUAAUUUUACUUCAUCACAAUUUGCAGCAAACCAUGCUGAGCAUAUGGAAAUGUUAAUUAAUUGGAAGUGUACUAUCUGUAAUCGAAUAUUCAAAAAAGAAGAUGCUUUAAGUCACGAAAGACAGCAUUCGGUUUCGAACAACUUCUUAGUAUAUAAUUUGGGUGAUAUAGAUGUCACUAGAAUUUUAUACAAGUGUUCUAAAUGCGCAGUACACUUUACUGAAAGUAACUUUCUUUAUCAUUUCCGAGACUGUGGUCUAGAAGUUUCUAAAUCCAUACACUGCAGAAUUUGUAACAUGUCACUGGAUUACAACAUAAUAACCUGUCAUGAAUCUGAAAAUCAUACGGAACCUAACUAUUAUACUAUUAUCGAAAGUGAUGUAAUUUCAGAUAACCCGGUGAAGUUGACGGCAAAUAAAUAUCAAGAAAAGGAUAAGUUACAAGAAUUAAAUGAGUCGUUUUGUGAGGUGAAAGUUGUUUUACAAAGAAUCGAUUCGAAUAAAGUCAACAAAUCUAAUUCUGUAAAAUGGUCCUCCAAUGAGUAUCUCAGCGAUGUGGAAUCCAGUACUUACGAACAAACUAGUAAUUCGCCACAAAGACUGCAGAAUGAUACCAAUGCCUCUGGAUUUUGUUCAACUGCAGAAACUACUGUAAGAAAUCAAAAGAAGAUUGAUUUGCGUCGAAAGAAUCAUCUAACAUAUUACUACUGCGAGACUUGUAAAUGCUUCGUAAGUGGAUUAAAGAAAAAAGUCCACUUAGAAGCACGCUGUAAAGAAAAAUCCAAAGGGACUUGCAAACGAUGUGGUCUUACGUUCACUACCGCGUCUUUGAUGACACACAGAAGACUGCACAAAGAAAGAAAAGACUUGACAUUGAAGAGUUUUAAAUUCUUUAACCUGUACACAGGGCAGCCCAUAAAUCUUAACAAGCCUGAAUUUGUAAAUACAAAACAACCUGUAAAAACGCAACUGAGAAGGCGUAAUCUGACAUAUUACUAUUGUGAGACUUGUAAAUGCUUUUUAACUAAGUUUAAUAAAGCCAUAUUCCAUAAACGUAAGUUUUGUAAAAAUAUAGCCAAGGCGAAUUGCAAGCAUUGUGGACUUUUGUUUACAAAUGCAUCUAUAAUGACACAUAGACGUCUACACGAGGAAAUUAAAGACUUGACAGUGAAUAAUUUAAAAUUGUUUAACCUGUACAAUGGCCAACCCAUGGAUCCCCCAGUAUCGGCACCGGAAAUUAUAAGUUUACAACAACCUGUGAAUAAUGAAGCUGAAAUCGGACAUGUUAAACGACCUGCGAAUAAUGGAGACAGGAGUACCAAGAAAGUUUUUACAACUUAUUACUUCUGUGAAACUUGUAAAUGCUCUGUAACCAAAAAUAAGAAAAAGUUCCAUUUAGAGGAACGGUGCAAGGACUCAAUUAAAUCGACUUGCAAAUACUGUGGUCUAACAUUUACAAAUAAAUCUAUGAUAACACAUAUGCGACUACACAAAGAAAGGAAAGGUUUGACAUUGAAAAGUUUUAAGUUUUUCAAUCUUUACAAUGGCUUGCGCAUGAGUCCUCCAAUACGUGAAUUUAUCAACUUAAAUGAACAUGUAAAAACACUCAGCGAUUUGGAAUCCAGUUCUUGCGAACAAACUAGUAAUACGCCACAAGAACUGCAGAAAGAUAACAAUGCCUAUGGAUAUUGUUCAACGACAAAAACUACAGAAAGACACCAAAAGAGGCUAGAUUUGCGUCAAAAUCGCAAUCUAACAUAUUACUACUGCGAUACAUGUAAAUGCUUCGUAAGCAAAAUAAAGAGAAAUAUCCACUUGGAAGCACGCUGUAAAAAAUUUCGCACAGAAACUUGCCAACUAUGUGGUCUUACGUUCACUACUGCGUCUUUGGUGACACAUGAACGACUACAUGAAGAAAAAAAGGACUUAUCCUUAAACAAUUUUAAAUUAUUUAACCUCUACAACGGCCUACCCAUGAAUCUUCCUGUACCUGGAAAUACGAUUAUAAAGGGAACUGUGAAUAAUGCAGCUGAAGUAAAAAAAAAUAAACGAUCUGCGAAAAGUAUCAAAAACUGGCAAACAAGGCGUAAUCUUACAUACUAUUAUUGUGAGACUUGUAAAUGCUCCGUAACCAAAUUUAGAAAAGAUGUCCACUUAGAGGCACGGUGUAGUAAAUUGACUAAAAUGACGUGUAAACUUUGUGGUUUAAUGUUCACUAAACAAUCUAUGAUUACACAUACGCGUCUACAUCACGAAAAAAGGGACAUUUCACUGAAGAAUUUUAAAUUCUUUAACCUAUACAAUGACGAACCAAUAGAUAUUCCUGUACACAAAGUUGCAAAAACACUUAUAUAUAGUGAAGCUGAAGUUGUAAAGCGACCUACUAACGUAGAAGCUAAAGAUGAAUGCUUAUUACAACCUGCGUGCGACAAAGAUGACUUUGAUAAUGUAAACCGACCUGUAAACAUAGAAGGAGAAUAUAUAUGUUCUGAUCCGCCUAUAACCAAUGAAGCUGACGUUGAAAAUUUAAAAUGUCUUUUAAACAAUGAAGCUCAAAGUGGAAAUAUAAAACCACCUAUAAAUAUUAUACCUGAUAUAGAGAGUGUAAUAUUGCCUGAAAACAACGAUGCUAUAGUUAUAAAUACAAAAUGCCUCUCAAACGUUCAAGCUGCAGUUGAAAAUAUGAUAGGAUUAGUCUACAAUAAAGCUGAAGUUGCAGGUGUAAAACAAACUAUAAACACUGAAUCUGAGGAUCACCUCUACAACAGCCUACCCGUGAAUUUUCCUGUACCGGGAAAUGCGAUUAUAAAGGGAACUGUGAAUAAUGCAGCUGAAGUCAAGAACAAUAAACGAGCUGCGAAAAGUGUCAAAAACUGGCAAACAAGGCGUAAUCUUACAUACUAUUAUUGUGAGACUUGUAAAUGCUCAGUAACCAAAUUUAGAAAAGAUGUCCACUUAGAGGCUCGAUGUAGUAAAUUGACUAAAACGACGUGUAAACUCUGUGGUUUAAUGUUUACUAAACAGUCUAUGAUUACACAUACGCGUCUACAUCACGAAAAAAGGGACAUUUCACUGAAGAAUUUUAAAUUCUUUAACCUAUACAAUGACGAACCAAUAGAUAUUCCUGUACACAAAGUUGCAAAAACACCUAUAUAUAGUGAAGCUGAAGUUGUAAAGCGACUUAUUAACGUAGAAGCUAAAGAUGAAUGCUUAUUACAACCUGCGAGCGACAAAGAUGAUUUUGAUAAUGUAAACCGACCUGUAAACAUAGAAGGAGAAUAUAUAUGUUCUGAUCCACCUAUAAACAAUGAACCUGAUGUUGAAAAUAUAAAAUGUCUUUUAAACAAUGAAGCGCAAAGUGGAAAUUUAAAAUCACCUAUAAAUAUUAUACCUGAUGUAGACAGUCUAAUGCCUGAAAACAACGAUGCUAUAGUUAUAAAUACAAAAUGCCUCUCAAACAUUCAAGCUGCAGUUGAAAAUAUAAUAGGAUUAGUCUACAAUAAAGCUGAAGUUGACGUUGUAAAACAAACUACAAACAUUGAAUCUGAGGUCUUGAAUACAAAAUACCCCUCAAACAUUCAAACUGAUAUUGAAAAUAUAGAACGAAUUGUGAAUAAUGAGGUUGAAGUUGCAAAAACACCUAUACAUAGUGAUGCUGAAGUUGUAAAGCGACCUAUUAACGUAGAAGCUAAAGAUGAAUGCUUAUUACAACCUGUUAGCGACAAAGAUGACUUUGAUGAUGUAAACCGACCUGUAAACAUAGAAGGAGAAUAUAUAUGUUCUAAUCCACCUAUAAACAAUGAAGCUGAUGUUGAAGAUAUAAAACGUCUUUUAAACAAUGACGCGCUAAGUGGAAAUUUAACACCACCUAUAAAUAUUAUACCUCAUGAAGAGAGUAUAAUAUUGCCUGAAAACAAUGAUGCUAUGGUUAUAAAUACAAAAUGCCUCUCAAACAUCCAAGCUGCAGUUGAAAAUAUAAUAGGAUUAGUCUACAAUAAAGCUGAAGUUGACGGUGUAAAACAAACUACAAACUUUGAAUCUGAGGUCUUGAAUACAAAAUACCCCUCAAACAUUCAAACUGAUAUUGAAAAUAUUGAACGAAUUGUGAAUAAUGAGGUUGAAGUUGCAAAUUUAAAGCGAUCUAUAAACAUUGGAACUGCAGUUGAAAAUUUAACAAGACCCAUAAACAAUAAUUCCGAAAAUGAUCAUUUUGAAAACCCUUUAAACAUAGAAGCCGAAGAUACAAACAUUAAACUCCCUGUAAACAGUAAAUCCCUUUCGAACAAUAAAGCUUUAGAUGAAAGUAAAAAUCGACAUGUAGACAAUGAAGAAAAUAUUGAAGAUGAAAAUAUUGCACGACCUGUGAACCUUAGCACAAAAUUUGCAGAAAUAAAUCGACCUGUAAUAUACGAAGACGACAAAGAUAUGAGUACAAGGUUUUGUCAGAAAUACUACUAUUGUGAAACUUGCAAAUGCUUCGUAACCCACUUUAGAAAAAAUACCCACUUACGCGCUCGUUGCAAGAAAUUAGCUAAAAUGACUUGCAAACACUGUGGUCUAACGUUUACCAACGGUUCUAUGUUGACACAUAGACGUCUUCACGAGGAAAAGGAAGACUUAACAUUCGACAAUUUUAGAUUCUUCAACUUAUACAAUGGCCAACCAAUGAAUCCUCCUAUACAAGAAAUUGUGGACAUUGAACAAACUGAAGGCCUCGAAGUUGUGAAUAUAACACAACCUUCACACAAUAAAACUGGAUCUCUACACUUAAAAUUACCUGGAAACGCUAAAGAUUGGCGUACUAAAAUUAAUAUGACAUUAUACUAUUGUGAAACAUGUGAAUGCUUCGUAACUAAAUAUAAAAAAGAUUUUCACUUGCAGGCACGUUGCAAGAACUUCACCAAAGUGACUUGCGAACGUUGUGGUCUAACGAUUACUAGCAAUUCUAUUAUGACACAUAUACGCCUACAUGAAGAAAUGAAAGAGGACACACUAAAUAAUUUUAAAUUUUUUAACCUUUUCAAUGGUCAACCUAUGAAUUCUCAUACACUGGAUGUUCUAAUUAAGGAACGAAAUGUAAAUGCUAAAGCGAAAGUGGUAAGUAUAAAACCUGCAGGUAAAGAAGAUAAAAUAGUAAAUAUAAAACGACCUUUAAACAUUAAAGCCAAACGUACAAGGCGUAAUCUGAGCUAUUACUUUUGUGAAACUUGUAAAUGCUUCGUGACCAAGUUUACAAAAAAUGCACAUUUACAGGCCCGUUGCAAGAGUUUUUCCAAAAUAACUUGCAAACUCUGUGGUCUAAGGUUCACCAAAGCAUCUAUGAUGACACAUAAACGUUUACAUAAGGAAAACAAAGACUUAUCGGUCAAAAAUUUUAAAUUCUUUUAUCUAAAUAAUGGUCAACCAAUGAAUGCUCCUGUAUCUGAGGCGGUAAAUAGAAAACGACUUGUGGACGAACGCAGUCUGUCAAAUUACUAUUGUGAAACUUGUAAAUGCUUUGAAACCGAGACGAGGAAAGGUGAUCACAUACACGAAAAUUGCAUAAACAUGGAAAAAUUACCUUGCAAAUACUGUGGUCUAAUAUUUAGCAGCGCUUCUUUUGUACUACAUAAAAGUCUACAUGAGGAAAGAAAAAACUUGACAUUAAACAAUUUUACAUUCUUUGAACUGCAAAAUGGAAAACCCAUGAAUCCACCUUUACCUGAAUAUCCAAAAUGUAUCUCUUGUGCUGUACAUUUUCUAACUAUAACAGCUAAGAAUAGCCACAUAUGCAGCGAAGUAUCGUCUUUAACUUGCCAUAUUUGCGAAAUCAAAUUAUCCGAAGCCGCUUUUAAAUUGCAUAUGACGUUUCACCAAUUUAUAACAGAUAACACUAAGAUGAUAGAAUCAAGUAAUGUGCAAUCUGCUAGCAGUGCUAUUACUAUCAAUUUAGAUCAAAUAGAUAUUGACCAUCACGGUACUCUUAAAAACGUCACUAACACGUCCAAUGACGAAAGCCACGAAACAGAAUUACAUAACUUCGUUGGGGUCGCCGAAGCGUCAUUACUAAUUACUUCAGGUAGUAUAGUAUAUACUUGUCGAAAUUGUUCGGUUUCUGUUGAUACAUAUGAUAAAGCAGUAGAGCACAGUCAAAGACAUUACGAGCCUGGAGAACAUGUGACACAAACAAUAGUUUGUGAGUUGUGUAACUUAAACAUUGACGAAGCAUGUUACACAGAACAUCAAAAUGUACAUGAAAAUGGAAGCCAGUUCAAAUUGUUACAUUUUGACAGUUAUUAUUUGCCUGCAGAUAAUAACUUGUGGAUAAAACAUAUCUUUGAAACUUUGCCAAAUGAAGAAAUCGUAGAAAUUUUGAGAAAUUCUAUAUACAGGUUCGAGUGUAGGAUUAAGAUGGAUGUCAUACAACAAGGAGAUCCUGAUUUAACUGUUUAUAAAUGUGAUCAAUGUGGCUGUUUCAUUGAACCAAGUUCUUUGUUUAAGCAUUCAGAUAAUGCUUGUUUUAAGCUGAGAAAUCAUCCCUGUACUGUAUGUGGUAUACCUUUUAACUCAUCUGCAUCGCGAAUUGACCACGAAAAAAUUCACAAUCGUCCUAACCUUACAAUGGAGUCGUACAAGAUAGUUGUUUUCAAUCGGGAACGGGACUUGCAGAUAAAUCGUUCUUUUUGUUUGCGUAAAAAUUACGUUUUAUAUAAAUGCAGGAACUGUGAUGUAAUCAUUGAUAAACUUCGAGAAGAUGUUCACAAAUGUGACUUCACUAAUGUGAAGGAGUGCCCAGAUUGCGCAUUGCUGCUGAAUAUGAUGGACUAUGGAAGUCACAUGAAUAUGCACAAAGAAUUUAUCAGUUUUAAUUAUAGCAACAUGAAAGUGAUUCUCCUCGGCGAAGCGAAUACUUUGGAAGUGACGAGUGAAAUUAUCUCAAAAUUAAAAUUCAAGGGAGCAAUAUAUGAUUAUAAAAUGUUUGUAUGUAAUAAAUGUGAGAUUUGUAUUAGGAAUGAGGAAUCCAUGCUUAAACACAUCUGCCGUUUUGGAAAACAACGGUCAAAGUGUUUAAAAUGUGGCUUGUAUUUUUCUGUUGGAAGAUUGAAGACGCAUACAAGGUGUCAUGAACAAGAUCCUGAUUUUCUUCGGUCAAAUAUGUACAUAAUUGCAAUCGAUCCGUGCACUUUUGAUAAGAAUAAAAAUGACACUAAAUUGUAUAGCAAAGAUAAAGACUCUGAACUCUCAGAUAGCAAUACCGAUUCUGAUUCAGAAAUCUUACGCGCUAAUUAUACAAGUACGGGCGAUGAUGCAAAUACAGUAGGAUUGACGACAGAACAUAUCGAAGAAGAAACUGCAAAGCUUUACAAGUGUACUUGUGAGUUGCAUUUUUUAAAUGAAGAUGGUAUAUCUAGGCAUUUUGGUGCGUGCAGAGCAAAUUCCAAAAUACCUAAACUAAAAUGCCAAAAAUGUGACUUACUAUUUACUCCAAAUGUCUUGUUUACGCAUCUGUUAGCUCAUCAUAAUAAUAAUGGUCGCCGUUAUAAGUAUGAUAUAGUUGAAAUGGAUUGCAAUCAAGGGAAUACGAUUCAGUAAACCAUACUUUAAGAUUGGCAAAUUUAAAUCUGUAACAAUCGUUUCUUUCUAAUACAGACUUUAAAAAGGCAAAUCCAGAUCUGUAGGUCCUAAUGUUUAUUACGAGUAGUGUCAUAUACAUAGAAUUAAGGAUCUCUUGCUAACGCUUAUAAGUCUUAUAGCAUAUAGGGUCUAAGUAAAAAUUUGUAUAUUUUACUUUCCUAUCUUAAUUAUUUAUAACUAAAUGUAUUGUUUUGCUAAGUAAUCUUUGAUAAACGUUCAUUAUUUGUUAAAUAUAUAUGUUCUAAUAUAUAAGAAAUGUUGAUUAGUGCCCAUACCAUCGAUGGUAAUAAGU